CUAGAUAUUUUAUAUUAUAUAAAUAAAAGUCACACUGCGUUGCUCCGUUCCUGUUUGUCAGAAAUAUAAGUCGCAAAGAAUUCGAGACAGAGAGAAAAGUCAUGCUAGCAAUAAAUUAAACGAUUCUUACGUCGUAAGGAGUCUUAUCUAACAUCGUCCUUGUUAGGAGUGAAUCGUCGACAUAUCGACGUUUUGUCAUAUCGAUGUUAUUCACUGGCUGGGCCAGUAAACCACGACGAGAAUUAUUCCGCGAAUACGCAUCUAAAAGAGAGUUCGGUUUUUGAGUCCCCGUCAAGAUGUUUUAAUUCCGAGUGACUCUAUCUACGCAACGGAUAGACGUAACAAUUUUUCUUAAGUACGCGGAACAUUAAUCAGGUUUCAUUGUUCGGUAAAUUGCCGUAUAUCGAUACGUCGAUACGCGGAUCGCGUGAGAGGGUGAGCUAAUUCUUUUAAUUGAAUCGACGACCCCUUUCAGUAACUUUACCACAACGUUACAUCACGCGGAAUGUUAUUGUACGGAACAGCUCUGUUUACAGUUCUCGGUUAUUUUCUUAAGUGGCGUCUUCCGAUUGACCGGUCCAACAUAAACGCAGUUAACAAUUCUAAUCUAAUCUAAGCGUCAAGGUUGGAGACACGUCCGACAAUUUUUUUUUAACCGCGGAAUAAUUGCAUAAAUGUCCGUUUGACUGAAUUCGAGACAAAUCGAUUUAGCGUGGUGGCGUUUGUCCGCGAUAUCGUGCAAAAAUAAUGAGAAUCCAGAUAAGAGAUCGCGACAAUUAUCGGCGUCCGUCGAGGGAAAUCAUGUUCUUCUGACAUACAUAUAGAGAAAUAUUUCUCCCUCGUCGAAAUGAAACACAUUCUGUGGCGUAUUCAAUUUCUGGAAUUACCCAGACGAGAGAGCUCUCGUCGUCGUCGUGCAGGAAAAUUAUCUACAUAUUAUUUCAAUAAGUUUUGCCGGUUCGCUAAAUAAUACUCAAAACAAAUAACAAUCAAAACAAUAUGAAAAUGCUCGGUAGAGUUUUGCGACCAUUUUGGAAGGAUUCUUCAUACGUUUGCCCACGCUACACGUAGAAUCUACCGACUUCGCAAGAGCGAGCCUCCGUAUCGCUCGAUUCUAAAAAAUCGUCUCGAAACUACGAUGAAAUAAAGCCGUCAGGACAGAUAAUUAGAAGAAGCAGAUAGUUAAAAACAGUUUUAUUAAUAUAUGAUAUCUUUACAUGUUUUUCCGAUGCACUUUGCGCCCCGGGGCCGAAGUUUAGCUCCAUGUGCAGCGCAUGUCUGAUACAUGAUGUCAGACGGAUUUGGAACUUUGAACGUGAUCCUCGCUGAUAUUUUAAUAUUAAGAUUCGCGCAACGGCGCGGAACAGCGAGAGAUAGGAGGUCCGUGUAAUCUCGCAUUUUUUCGCUGCCCCUAUUCUUUCUCUGCCACUAACGAAAACAGCCGAACGAACUUCGUACGAUCCGUGCGGCCACUCCAAAGUACCAAAAAACCCCGCUAAUUCGAGCUUCAAUAUCUACGACGCUCUCGGACCUGCGCUGAUCGAGCUUCGGCAGAUCGGCGGGAAGUGAAGUAAAUCGAAUCAGUAUUGCGAUACACCCCGCGCGACGAGGGUGGCUUGUCGUGUUGACGACGAACAGACAAAGCAAUUUCAAAGAGAGUUCGCGAUCGACGGAUGUCGCUUUAAAAUACAAUCCAUAUUCGAGUACCUCGUCUAGCUAAUGUACGGUGCGCUCGCGAUUGCCCUAAAUUUGAAACUGCAACGAUCUGAGUUUAAACUUUCAGAUGAAAUAAUAAUUUGUUUCUCGACGGUAUGGAGGAGACAUUGCGAUUAAACGAAACCGGGGUGAGCAGCAAAUACAACGAUACAGAUUUGCCGAUCGAUAUGUACUUCAAUCAGGGCCACAUGAUAAAGAUAAUUACUUAUAGUAUCUUAAUGGUGAUAUCGGCGACUGGAAAUAUUGCUGUGCUAAUAAUGACUAUAAUACGAAAUCAAAGGUCCAAGUCCCGGAUAAAUACCCUGGUGAUGCACCUGGCGAUAGCUGAUCUCUUCGUGACGUUCCUGAUGAUGCCGUUAGAAAUCGGAUGGUCGAUUACGGUGUCAUGGGAAGCGGGGGACGCGAUGUGUCGUAUAAUGUCCUUCUUCAGAAUAUUCGGCCUGUAUCUUUCAUCUUUCGUAAUUGUCUGCAUAAGUAUAGACAGAUAUUACGCGGUAAUGCGACCGCUCCAGAUAUUGGGCGUUCACAGAAGAGAAAAAAUAACUCUGAUUCUCGCGUGGGUGGGCUCCAUAUUGUGUUCCUUUCCGCAGAUACUAGUAUUCCAUCUCGAGACGCAUCCCUAUUACAUUCAUUUCACGCAGUGUGUAACAUUCAACACUUACUCGUCGCCCCAGUACGAACGGUUUUACUUUUUUUUCGGAAUGACGACAAUGUUCUGGUUCCCCCUGUGCGUGAUAUUUUAUACCUAUACCAGCAUAUUCAUGGAGAUCUGCCGCAGAUCCAAUGAAGAUAGAAUACGUCGUUCAUCGAUCAGCUUUCUCAGUCGAGCGCGAGUGCGCACUUUAAAAAUGACAAUAACCAUUAUCACGGUUUUCAUUAUCUGCUGGACCCCUUACUACGUAAUGAGCGUCUGGUAUUGGAUUGAUCGGUUGUCAGCCCGGGAAGUCGACCAACGCAUUCAGAAGGCUCUCUUUUUAUUUGCGUGUACAAACUCCUGCAUGAAUCCCAUCAUCUACGGUAUCUUCAAUAUACGACAAAGGAACAAGGCGCCGAAGCGAGCAGCCACCAUCGAGACUAAAAUCACGCCGCUGUCCCUGUCGAUCAAACUUCUCGAUUUACGAUGAACCCGACGUUCGCCAAAUCGAACGGAUGCAUUUAGGCGAGCGAGCCAGCAUGCAGAUGACGCGACACCUCGUAUCUGCAUCUUUCUCGCGGACAUGAUUCUUCCUUUCCUUAGUGAUAAUUACGUGAUCACGCAUCAACUAUGCGUUACGCUAUAACGAUCGUGUCUUUGCAGAUGCGAGGUAUUGCGUUCAUACCGUCCAAAUGCAAUGUAGCGUCGUGUGCACAGGGCCAAUCGGAAAGUUACUUGCUUUGUUCUGACGUACUAUGUCGGACUAUAUACGAGUUGUGCUAAAAAGUGGCUGUAAUCAAUCGAGCUACGCCUGGCUGAGAAAAGAAGAUCUCGACGACUCUCUCGAAAAUUCGCCAUGUUCGGUUGGAAAAACGCGUUUAUGUUAUUU